ACACGCUUAGCGUUAGUAUCUGUUGGGGUUUUGCAAGGGAGGGUCGUGACAAUGACGGGGGUGGAUGAAAUACUAAAUUAUCAACGGAACCCGGACGACGACUACUACGCACUGCUGGGGUGUGAUGAGAAUUCUACUAUUGAGCAGAUCACCGCCGAGUACAAGAUUCUGGCCUUGCAGCACCAUCCCGACAAGAACAACGGCGAUAAAGAUGCUGAAGCUAUAUUCCAGAAAUUGAAGGACGCUAAGGAGACGCUGUGCGACCCGGGCAAGCGCGCUCUCUACGACAAGUGGCGUCAGAGCGGCAUCGCCAUGGGCUACAAGCAGUGGCUGGGCAUGAAGGACCACGUGCAGCAGUCCAUGCACUGGUCCAAGCCGAACACCAAGGAUCGCAUGCUGGAGGGCGAGCCAGGUAAAGCCUCCGGGCCCUCCAGCCUCGGCCCAAGCAACUCCGCCGCUCGCCGCGCCUCCGAGGGUGGCGCCGCUCUCUGGGGACGCUGGGGCGGAGGCAACCAGGAGCCCCCGUCUGAAGUCAUCUCCAAAUUCCGCAACUAUGAAAUCUAAAUUUCAUAAAACAGUUGCGACUUUCUCCCAUCCUACUUAUGUUGAUUCAGGGGCGUACUUUCUUCGCUUUUGUUUUGUUAUUAUUGCUAAGAGGUUAUUUGUGCCCUGACCUCUUGCAUUAUUAUUUAAACGUACUUAUGUAAUUUUCGAUAUCGGUGUCAAAAAUUAUAUAAACAAUGUACCUUCCUUGUCACAAUAAUAUUAUUGUGAUAUACUUAUACCAGGCUGUUAUAUCAAAUGCCAUUAAACUUAUUGAUGUUUUUAAAUCUUAAAUAAGCGUAAUUAAUGUUUAGUAAGUAAUUAGUUGUAAUACGGCACAAUAUUCAUCAGGUCAGCUCAGAACGUAACUCGAAUGUAACUCGGUAUCUACUUUUGAAAUUUUCAGUGUUUGAUGUUUAAUGAUAAGUAACAUUUAUUCUGUUGUUAGCGUAAGAUCGACGUAGACGCCCCGGUUAGUGUGACGUAGUGUUUGACACUUGUGUAGCCCCCUAGCCGUAAGCUCUGCACAUUCCUGAUAAACUUAUGAGUCUGAUUAAACAUUUCUGCUGUAGAACAAUAUGUUAGAAACUAUUAAGGAAUCUCUAUGAUGUUUCGAAGAUUAUAUUUUUGAAUCCUAUUUUAUAACUAUUUAUCUUACUAUAAGUAUUAUAUUAUUUUAAAUGAAAUGGAGGAUAUAAUGGAUAUUGUUGUGAGAUGUAUACAGGGUAUAGCGAGGCAGGCUUGGUUUUUGUUUGUGUUAUUAACCUUGACAAACUACUUUCUAAUACCUUAGUAAUACUUAAUUUACUGACUGUUCCGACGUUGGUGUUGUGUUCCCCGACUCUAAUAGUUAUUAGUAUUAUAGGAUAUUAUGUGUUAAAUGUUUAACAGUAUUUACUUUGGAUGUUUAAAAUAUAUAACAUAAAUGUUACAAGUAGAGAAUUUUUAAAUUUAAUAUUUAUGUCGAUGAGAAUCUCUUUAACAAAAUCAAUGCCAAAUAAGUAAUCAUGAUGUUUUUACUUUUGAUGUGAUUAUAAUCUGUGAAACAAUAAAUGGUCAAUAAAU